ACCCUCCUCCAAAAAGCUUCGAAACCCCGCACCGCAGCUGCAGAUAGCAGCCACCACAACCGCUCCCCAUGGCCAGAGAGGCUUCGGCGGCGGGAGGAGGGAAGGUGGCGUGCGCAGCGUGGAUCCGGCGCCGGGAGGAGAAGCCUGCGGCGGCGCGCGUGUUCGCGGCGUACGGCCGGGCCGGCGCCUCGCCCGCGGUCGAGGUGCUCGGCUUCGACUCCGAGGAGUGCGCCCUCUCCGCCGAGCCCCUGGCGAGGGCCGUUCUCGGGGAGGGGGCGGGCGACGCGCCGCGCGGCAUCGCGGUGCACCCCGCCGGCGACGAGCUCGUCUGCGCCACGGCCAAGGGGUGCAGGUUAUUCAAACUGGUUUUUGAAGAGUUCACCGUUCGCAUUAUUCCAAGAGAUGCUCCACCUCUUGAAUCUGUUGGACCACAGAAGUGUCUUGCUUUCAGCACAGAUGGUGCCAAAUUGGCCAUUGGUGGAGAGGAUGGGCAUCUCAGAAUAUUCCAUUGGCCAAGCAUGAAUGUGCUCUUGGAUGAACCUAAAGCUCAUAAGUCCUUUCGAGACAUGGAUAUCAGCUUAGACUCAGAGUUUUUAGUUUCAACGUCCACUGAUGGAUCUGCAAGAAUAUGGAGGAUAGAUGAGGGGGUACCGCUGGUAAAUUUGACACGAUCUUCGGAUGAGAAGAUUGAGUGCUGCCGCUUUUCUAGGGAUGGCAUGAAACCAUUCUUGUUUUGCACAGUUGCAAAAGGUUCCCAAGUUAUGACUGUUGUCUGGAACAUAAGUGAUUGGAAAAGAAUUGGGUACAAAAGACUUCUGGGAAAGCCUAUCUCCACACUUUCAGUUAGCAUGGAUGGGAAGUACCUGGCUUUCGGAAGCCAUGAUGGUGACUUCUGUGCUGUUGACGUAAAGAAAAUGGAAGUUUCUCACUGGAGCAAGAAGGUUCAUCUAGGUUCCCCGAUCUCCUCUAUUGAAUUUUGUCCUACUGAAAGGGUCGUAAUCUCCACAUCGCAUCAAUGGGGAGCAGAGGUGACGAAACUGAACGUGCCUGCUGACUGGAAAGAAUGGCAACUCUGGCUCGUACUCCUGGCGCUCUUCCUGGCUUCUGCCGUCCUGUUCUAUGUGUUCUACCAGCGCUCGGACUCGUUCUGGAACCCCAUGGGGCGGCACCAGCCGGCCAAGCCAUGGAGUGUGCUGAAGGAGUCUCCUCCAGUCCCAGAGGACCAGACCUCAUGAUGAUGUUACGCUACACACGUCGCAUCAUUAUUCAUCCACAACAAUUCCAUUUCAAAGCUAUCCACUGCUGUUUAUUUCAUCUCGAAUGGGCUCUUUUUUUCCCCCACGUAUGGUCGAUGUUGUGUUGUGUAUCACUCCAGUUGUCCACAUAUCUGAGUGUGUUAGUUUUAAACCGCAGUCCGCGGUAGUCAGGAAACCGAAGGAUAGUAAUUGUGGAUUUUAUGUAUAUCUGUUAUUGCCAAGCAGAGCUGAUUGUUACUGCAGUUUUGCCUUCUGAAA